UAAUGUUCUUCAGGAAGAACAUUUUUACUGAUGGAAGGAAAGUGAGGUACAUGAUGACCCCAAUAUAUAUUUGACUUUUUCUCUUUAGUUGGGUGUUAUAUGAAGUAGAAAAGAGACAGGUGGACGCAUUCAGUCCCUUCUACAGUAGUCUAACCCUAAAUAUCGUUUCCGUCUCUAUCUUAGGGUUUGAUUAGAGGAGUAAAAUGAUUGUAGUGGUUGAUUUUUACCAAUUAUAGGAACUGGUAAUACACUCCUGAGUCUGGUGCUAAGCUUGAAGUCAGCGGGUCUGACAGUUGGGAAGGAGAGAGAGACAUGAAGUGUGGGAGAGUAAGCUUAAAUUGGAACCUGCAAAGAAGAUUUGGAAUUUAUGGAAAUGAGCUGGAAGAUGUGAGCCCAAACUUGAACCUUCAUUGCUCUCUCACUGUUUCUAAACCUGCAACUUAAAUAUAGGUAACCUGCAGUAGGUGUGGCACACCUCACCAGGGGGUUGUACACAAACCUGCCCCCGUAUUAUUUGAGACAGCAAAGAAGGAGAUCUGACAGGAGCUGGAGGAGCUGUGGGCCCAGUUGCUGCCCCAUACCAAUGAAGGGGUAAAAAUAUUUCCAUCAUGGCUCAUUCAAAGACGAGGACCAAUGAUGGAAAAAUUACUUAUCCUCCUGGUGUCAAGGAAAUCUCAGAUAAAAUAUCUAAAGAGGAGAUGGUGAGACGAUUAAAGAUGGUUGUGAAAACUUUCAUGGAUAUGGACCAGGACUCUGAAGAAGAAAAGGAGCUUUAUUUAAACCUAGCUUUACAUCUUGCUUCAGAUUUUUUCCUCAAGCAUCCUGAUAAAGAUGUUCGCUUACUGGUAGCCUGCUGCCUUGCUGAUAUUUUCAGGAUUUAUGCUCCUGAAGCUCCUUACACAUCCCCUGAUAAACUAAAGGAUAUAUUUAUGUUUAUAACAAGGCAGUUGAAGGGGCUAGAGGAUACAAAGAGCCCACAAUUCAAUAGAUAUUUUUAUUUACUUGAGAACAUUGCUUGGGUCAAGUCAUAUAACAUAUGCUUCGAGUUGGAAGAUAGCAAUGAAAUUUUUACCCAAUUAUACAGAACAUUAUUUUCAGUUAUAAACAAUGGCCACAAUCAGAAAGUGCAUAUGCACAUGGUAGAUCUCAUGAGUUCUAUUAUUUGUGAAGGUGAUACAGUAUCUCAGGAGCUUUUGGAUACAGUUUUGGUAAAUCUGGUACCUGCCCAUAAAAAUUUAAACAAGCAAGCGUAUGAUUUGGCAAAGGCUUUACUGAAAAGGACAGCUCAAGCUAUUGAACCAUAUAUUACCAACUUUUUUAAUCAGGUUCUGAUGCUUGGGAAAACAUCUAUCAGCGAUUUGUCAGAGCAUGUCUUUGACUUAAUUUUGGAGCUCUAUAAUAUUGAUAGUCAUUUGCUGCUCUCAGUUUUACCCCAGCUUGAAUUUAAGUUAAAGAGCAAUGAUAAUGAGGAACGCCUGCAAGUUGUUAAACUACUGGCAAAAAUGUUUGGGGCAAAGGAUUCAGAAUUGGCUUCUCAAAACAAACCACUUUGGCAGUGUUACUUGGGCAGGUUUAAUGACAUCCAUGUACCAAUCCGCCUGGAAUGUGUGAAAUUUGCUAGCCAUUGCCUCAUGAACCAUCCUGAUUUAGCAAAGGACUUAACAGAGUAUCUUAAAGUGAGGUCACAUGACCCUGAGGAAGCUAUUAGACAUGAUGUUAUUGUGUCUAUAGUUACAGCUGCUAAAAAGGAUAUUCUUCUGGUCAAUGAUCACUUACUUAAUUUUGUGAGAGAGAGAACAUUAGACAAACGGUGGAGAGUGCGCAAAGAAGCCAUGAUGGGACUUGCCCAAAUUUAUAAGAAAUAUGCUUUACAAUCAGCAGCUGGAAAAGAUGCUGCAAAACAGAUUUCAUGGAUCAAAGACAAAUUGCUACAUAUAUAUUAUCAAAAUAGCAUUGAUGAUCGAUUGCUUGUUGAACGGAUCUUUGCUCAAUACAUGGUUCCCCACAAUUUGGAAACUACAGAACGGAUGAAGUGCUUAUAUUACUUGUAUGCCACACUGGAUUUAAAUGCUGUGAAAGCAUUGAAUGAAAUGUGGAAAUGUCAAAAUCUGCUCCGACAUCAAGUAAAGGAUUUGCUUGACUUAAUUAAGCAACCCAAAACAGAUGCCAGUGUCAAGGCCAUAUUUUCAAAAGUGAUGGUUAUUACAAGAAAUUUGCCAGAUCCUGGUAAGGCUCAGGAUUUCAUGAAGAAGUUCACACAGGUGUUAGAAGAUGAUGAGAAAAUAAGAAAACAGUUAGAAGUACUUGUUAGUCCAACAUGCUCCUGCAAGCAGGCUGAAGGUUGUGUGCGUGAAAUAACUAAGAAGUUGGGCAACCCCAAACAGCCUACAAAUCCUUUCCUGGAGAUGAUCAAGUUUCUCUUGGAGAGGAUAGCACCUGUGCACAUAGAUACUGAAUCUAUCAGUGCUCUUAUUAAGCAAGUGAACAAAUCAAUAGAUGGAACAGCAGAUGAUGAAGAUGAGGGUGUUCCUACUGAUCAAGCUAUCAGGGCAGGUCUUGAACUGCUUAAGGUGCUCUCAUUUACACAUCCGAUCUCGUUUCAUUCUGCGGAAACAUUUGAGUCUCUCCUGGCUUGUCUGAAAAUGGAUGAUGAAAAAGUAGCAGAAGCUGCACUCCAAAUUUUCAAAAACACAGGAAGCAAAAUUGAAGAGGAUUUUCCACACAUAAGAUCAGCUUUGCUACCUGUUUUACAUCACAAAUCUAAAAAAGGACCUCCCCGUCAAGCCAAAUAUGCUAUCCAUUGUAUCCAUGCAAUAUUUUCUAGUAAAGAGACCCAGUUUGCACAGAUAUUUGAGCCUCUGCAUAAGAGCCUAGAUCCAAGCAACCUGGAACAUCUCAUAACACCGUUGGUUACUAUUGGUCACAUUGCUCUUCUUGCCCCUGAUCAGUUUGCUGCUCCUUUGAAGUCUUUGGUAGCUACUUUCAUUGUGAAAGAUCUUCUCAUGAAUGAUCGGCUUCCAGGAAAAAAGACAACUAAGCUUUGGGUUCCAGAUGAAGAAGUUUCUCCUGAGACAAUGGUCAAAAUUCAGGCUAUUAAAAUGAUGGUUCGAUGGCUACUUGGAAUGAAAAAUAAUCACAGUAAAUCAGGAACUUCUACCUUAAGAUUGCUAACAACAAUAUUGCAUAGUGAUGGAGACUUGACAGAACAGGGGAAAAUUAGUAAACCAGAUAUGUCACGCCUGAGACUUGCUGCUGGGAGUGCUAUUGUGAAGCUGGCCCAAGAACCCUGUUACCAUGAAAUCAUCACAUUAGAACAGUAUCAGCUAUGUGCAUUAGCUAUCAACGAUGAAUGCUAUCAAGUAAGACAAGUGUUUGCUCAGAAACUUCACAAAGGCCUUUCCCGAUUACGGCUUCCGCUUGAGUAUAUGGCAAUCUGUGCACUUUGUGCAAAAGAUCCUGUAAAAGAGAGAAGAGCUCAUGCCAGGCAGUGUCUGGUAAAAAAUAUAAAUGUGAGACGCGAGUAUCUGAAACAGCACGCAGCUGUUAGUGAAAAAUUAUUGUCUCUUCUACCAGAGUAUGUUGUUCCGUAUACAAUUCAUCUUUUGGCACAUGACCCAGAUUAUGUCAAAGUACAGGAUAUUGAACAACUUAAAGAUGUUAAAGAAUGUCUUUGGUUCGUUCUGGAAAUAUUAAUGGCUAAAAAUGAAAAUAACAGUCAUGCAUUUAUCAGAAAGAUGGUAGAAAAUAUUAAACAAACAAAAGAUGCCCAAGGACCAGAUGAUGCAAAAAUGAAUGAAAAACUGUACACUGUGUGUGAUGUUGCCAUGAAUAUCAUCAUGUCAAAGAGCACCACGUACAGUUUGGAAUCUCCUAAAGACCCAGUACUACCAGCUCGUUUUUUCACCCAACCUGACAAGAACUUCAGUAACACCAAAAAUUAUCUGCCUCCAGAAAUGAAAUCGUUUUUCACUCCUGGAAAACCUAAAACAACCAAUGUUCUAGGAGCUGUUAAUAAGCCGCUUUCAUCAGCAGGCAAACAAUCCCAGACAAAAUCAUCACGAAUGGAAACUGUAAGCAAUGCAAGCAGCAGCUCAAAUCCAAGCUCUCCUGGAAGAAUAAAAGGGAGGCUUGAUAGUUCUGAAAUGGAUCACAGUGAAAAUGAAGAUUACACAAUGUCUUCACCUUUGCCGGGAAAAAAAAGUGACAAGAGAGACGACUCUGAUCUUGUAAGGUCUGAAUUGGACAAACCCAGAAGCCGGAAAAAAACACCUGUCACAGAUUCAGAAGAGAAAUUAGGUAUGGAUGACCUGACUAAGUUGGUACAGGAACAGAAAUCUAAAGGCAGUCAGCGUGGACGGAAGAGAGGCCAUACGGCUUCAGAAUCAGAUGAACAGCAGUGGCCUGAGGAAAAGAGGCUCAAAGAAGAUACAUUAGAAAAUGAGGAUGAACAGAAUAGUCCGCCGAAAAAAGGUAAAAGAGGCCGACCACCAAAACCUCUUGGUGGAGGUACACCAAAAGAAGAGCCAACAAUGAAAACUUCUAAAAAAGGAAGCAAAAAAAAAUCUGGACCUUCAGCAGCAGCAGAAGAGGAAGAAGAAGAAAAACAAACUGGAAACACAGAACAGAAGUCAAAAAGCAAACAGCACCGAACGUCGAGGAGAGCACAACAGAGCAGAGCAGAAUCUCCUGAAACUAGUGCAGUUGAAUCCACACAAUCCACACCACAGAAAGGACGAGGAAGACCAUCAAAAACGCCAUCACCAUCACAACCAAAAAAAAAUGUCCGUGUAGGACGCUCCAAACAAGCAGCUACUAAAGAAAAUGAUUCAAGUGAAGAAGUAGAUGUUUUUCAGGGUAGCUCUCCUGUCAAUGAUGAUAUUCCACAGGAAGAAACAGAGGAAGAGGAAGUUUCUACAGUAAAUGUCCGACGGCGAAGUUCUAAAAGAGAAAGACGAUGAACAAAUGUAAUUAAUAACUUUGUGUGUGAAAGCUUUCAGAAAAAUCAUUUUUUGUCAAGCUUGAGGCUGAAUAAAGCCUUUGAUGCACAAAAUGGGACUGCUGAAGAAUGGACAGUUGGACCUUACCUUGACCUCAUGUAUUUGUGGUCAAAUGCUUAGCCAUACACAUGGUGAUAACAUUGACUAUGGAGUCUUGUGGAAGUGUAAUGUGCGUUGGCUAUGUAGACACAAACUAAAGAAGAAACUUGUAAAUAUAUUUUUUUCUUUUUUUUUCAUGUUUCUGACUUCUAAAGUGCUUGUAUAGCUUUUAUCUGCGGCUUUAAACUGACAGUACCCAACUGUUUAUUGGAUCUAUUGAUUUGGAAAGAGUUUGUUAGGAUAGAUCUUAAGCAGUAAUCUGUCAGUGUUUGUAUUUGUAUUCUCUGCAAUUUUACUGUGAAAAAACGUUUUUCAACAAAUUGUGUCAUUUUCUUGAUGUCACUAUUUGUUGGAAAGUUAAAUGGUCUCUUUCCCUUGUGUAUCUUACUAGUGUUUACUCUUAGGCACCCUUAAUCUUCAGAGGUGCUAAAUUGUCUGCCAUUACACCUGAACGAUGCCUCUGAUGGGAGGACACCAUGCAAUUGUGAAAUAGUCCUGAAGUUGUUUGAUUAUUUUACACCUCAGUAUUGGUCCCAGAAUUUUCUGGCCUUUCAUGGCAAUGAAAAUUUUAAGAGAGAGAUUUAAAAUAUUUUAAUUUUAAAGAGUGUGUUAUAAAAUAAUGUACUGAAUUGUUUAUCCCAUUUUAUCAUCCCUUUUCAGUUUUUAUUAAUCUACUGUAUCAAUAAAAUUCCGUAAUUUGAAUUAGUUUUUAAUAGUCUAGGAUGUUAUUGUGUAUAGAUAUUUCCUCUUGAACAUUAUGUUCAGAAAAUGCAAAUUAUUACACUAUAAUAUAAAAUCUGAUAUAUGCACAUUAGAAAAGUUCCAGUUCUCCAUAGCAGUGUAAAGUUAAUCAGAAAGAAAAAAAUUUUAUUGAUGCAGUGUGUCUUUAUGAAGGUGUUGUUGAAAGCAAGUGUUUUGUAUUUUAUAGUGAGUUGCAUGUUUAUGAAAAAAAGUGCUGAAAAUGGGAUGUGCUCUUUUCUGUAAAUUCAUAUCUAGCCAUAGUAUAUGAUAGAUUGCCCCAUAACAUAGUUUUUCAUCAAGAGUUUAUUAUUGUACUUUAUUUUGGAGCCAAAAAAUUGUUUUGGGAG